AGGCAACAAAACCGCCAUGGCGGAGGCGUUUCAGCUCGAAAUAUUUGUGGACACCUAAAGACGACACAAGAUUCAUCUUGGAAUGCGAUAUAUUUAAUUAUAUAGCCUAACAGGAGCGAUGGAAGACAGAACUGUUUCAGGACCUUUGAACUCUGUGACAGCGUUCCUUAAAAGCCUGAAUGUGACUGACGGUUUGGAGAUCGCAUGGUACCAUGACACUGGAUCACGUGAUCAACUUGAAGAAUCUUUGAAAGGAAACAUGUAUCAUAUGUUUAUCACCAUUGUAUCAAUCCGCCACGAAUCGGGCAGUGAUGUGGUGUACGCCGGAAGUAGUGGUGCGGGCCUAUUUCGUCUGUCGGAUUGGCUGGACACAGUACUUUCAUAUUCCUGGAAAGGCGCAUUGAUAGAGCUCCAAACGGAUGAUCAGGUAGAACAAGUGUUAACGUUACUACAGUCGAGGAAAAAUCAGGCCAAACAAUCAAUCUGGUUCAAGCUGAAGGUUUCAUCGACUGAUGGGGAAUCCAACACACCAGUCGAUUUCGAAAAUUUUGCAGAGAAGGUUGCUGUCCUAUAUCCUGACGCUCAGGUAUCUGUGGAAUGGGUGUCAGACAGUUGUUGUGAGGAAGGAUACAACAAAACGGUCGUACGACAAAUGUGGACACGCCUUCAGCGUCUCAGUCAGCCAAUCAAUAUUGUCGCCUCUGCAAAGGUUGUCGACAAUUCCUGGUCGAACUUAAAAUGGCUGCUGGACAGGUCCACUAACACCACGAUGACAGUAACCACGGGAGCAAAUUCGGAGGCCUGUCCCAGUUUUGACCUGCUCAAUGUUAGAAAUGAUUUUAUUAAGACUAGAAUAUUUUUUGAUAUUGGUCAGGGUGGAUGUCUAAGUGAGUUUAAGAAGCUUGCUCAUACCGCGGGCAGUGCUCUUCAUCACUUUGACGUCGACUUAGAUGCCUCCAGAAUCACGUGGGGACACGGAGUGAACAGUCAAGAGAAGCUGAAGAAAGCCCUACGUAAGGGCGUGAUGUUUUUGGAGGCUGACAUUCUGCUCCGAGGUCAGGGGACAGACACACAGACGGACAUUCCAGUCAUGGCUCAUGACCCUCCCGCCACUGAUAGUGACAUCACCUUAAGUGAAUGGUUGGACAUAGUCGCCCAGACCGACAGGGGGAUGAAACUCGACUUCAAGAGUAUCGAGUCUGUAAUCCCAUCGCUACGCAUCCUGAACAGUAAACGGGAACUUCUUCAUCAACCCGUCUGGCUCAACUCGGACGUUCUCCUGGGACCAAACACCAACAAAGUUCCUGUGAAUGCCACAGCGUUUCUUCAAGCGGUCAACGAAUACUUCCCCGAAGCCACGUUAUCACUGGGCUGGACAACAGGCUGGACAAACACGGCAGCUGAUGUCGGGUACAGCGAGGAGAUGGUUCGUGCCAUGAAUGACUUGUGCCAGACUUUGUCUCAACCAGUCACCUUCCCAGUCCGAGCGGCGGCCGCCAAGAGGUCGUGGUGCCAGCUCCAGUGGUUGGUGGAGCAGUCCCACCGAUACAGCAUCACGGUAUGGUCAGGAUCGCAGGAUGUGAUGCAGCAGGAUGAAAUGAACUAUGUACGUCGUCACUCCCAAAAGUCCAAAGUUUACUUUGACGUUCCUGGUCACCUCAUGCCUGAUGUGUAAGAAGCAGGGUCACCAACGACAAGGUUGUUGCAGUAGACCUAUAAUUGCAUGGUGUUAAUUUCUCUCAUUUGGAAACCCGGACAUUGGAUGACUUGGGUAAUGUGGUAUUAAAACCAAUUAUUUUCUAUUAUUCUAUUACACGAUUAAGACAUUUGUUUGUGGAAAAGAAAAUAUUUUAUUAGCAAGCUGACCUCGACUAUAAUCAUCCUAAACAGUUUCACCGAUGGGUGAGCCGAUCACCAUCUAACUCCGUCAUCAGUCGCAGGCAUGAAAUAGACUGGAAUACAUAAAAGUUAUUUCAAAAUUCAAAACAUUUUAUGACAUCAUAUAAUAGACCAAUGGCGAGCUUCUAAAAAUUUUAAGCGAUUAUAAUGUAUGCUUAAAACUUUACAGAACUAUUAUCUCUCUACAUGCUUAUCACAUUUUUAGAAGGCUUCGCUCAAAAUGGCCGCCAAAUUAUGUAGCCUAGAAAAACAAACAUCAAAACCCUAAAAGACAACAUGCGCGAGAAUGUUGCAACCAAAUUUCAAAUAGGUGCAGUUUGCUAGUUUGCUAGAAAAACCACCAAAAAUCACUGCUUGAAAGAAUUUUUAACUGUCUGAGGGAAAACAAUCAGCUUCCAGCUUUUAGUUUCGAAAAUCGAUUAGGCACCAGUACCAAUAAUGGAAAUGAUCUGGUGAUAUUACGAAAGGUUGAUAUGAUUACACGACACUUGGGCUCUGUCUUUGGAUCUGCGUGGAGAUUAAAAGACAUAUACCCUCAAAAAACGUUGUUUUAGUUUCUUGAAGUCUACUAUGCAGAUCAAAGACAUUAUUUUAAUUUGUUCUGUACGGGAUACUCAUUCAGGUUUUUCCUCCUCCGGACCUUAAUCUGUACAUUGCAUUUCCCCGUACCGUGGCAUUAUGUGUCUAUACUUGUUUACUAAU